GACUAUUGUUUCUUUUAAACAUGGCGGAGGGACGAAUGAAUCUUGCUGCUCUGCAGCAGAGAGAUCCAUAUAUUACUGAAAUACUGGAUACUGCGUCACAAGUUGCGCUUUAUUCGUUUAAUGCUAAGUCGAAUGAAUGGGAGAAGACCUCUAUUGAGGGUUCAUUGUUCAUCUAUGAGAGGACUGCAGCCCCUUUGAAAGGCUUCAUGAUUCUCAACCGACUCGGUCUUAACAACCUGAUAGAGCCCAUAACAAAGGACCUGGAGUUUCAACAGCAGCCUCCUUUCCUGCUCUACCGGAAUGCUAAAAGUAUCUAUGGAGUGUGGUUUUAUGACAAGGAGGAAUGUAAGAGGCUGGGACAGAAACUCAAUAGUUACGUGCAAGCAAUACAUGACGAGAUGCGUAGAAAACAGACGUCCCCUGCAGUGGUUGGUGCAUCAGCGGAGGUCAGCAAGAAGUUGUCUGCCCCAGGUGCCACAUCCCAGGUGGACAUAAUGCAGAUGCUGUCCAAGGCCCAGCAGGAGUAUGACACGGGUAGUAAGAAGAGUGAGCCCAAGCCCAUGAUUGACAACCCGAAUGCAUCUGCCACCAAGACCUCUAGUGGCCUGAUCAGACCGCGACCAUUGAAGAUGCCUGACAGUGAACAAAACGAGGCUGAGGAUUGUGAUCCAGUGACGCCAGGUACCGGGGUGAUCAGUCUGGAUGCACUUUUCCGCACAGCCAGUCUCCAACAGGGAACCAGCUCACAAAAACAGCCGGGCACCGGUCAGCCACAGAAACACAGUGAAGGGUUUUUCUCGGAUCAACGCAUGCACCGCUCUAUCUCCAUGACUUCAACCACCAGCACGUUGGUUGGAGCGGACAACACAGCGGGGGAUGACACUGAUAGCCUGCCUCCCCUACUCAAACAUAUCAUGUCCACGGGGUCCAUGGUGGAGGAAAUAGAGCGCCAACAACAGGGGGUGGGGCGUGUUGGUCCCACGGGGAAACCGGGCCUGGCCCUGCUCGGCCCCUCUGGUGAUUACGCUCCCCGUGACAGCCUGGUGCCCAGCUUGCCUGACCUCAGUCAGCCCCCGCCGAACCACCCGGCCUACAGGGGAACCUCACCCCAGGCCCCACCCAACCCUUCCAAGAAAUCACCCACCAGUGUUCAAGGGCAGCAGAUUAGAAGUGAGAUGUCAAAGUCUAGAUCCUCUCCCCCUGAUGUGACCUCAAAUCCGGGGGUGCCUGACGUUGCGCCUCACAUCCUGUCCAGCAAUCUCUUGCCUGUGUUCUCUAGUCUUGCCAACACUUCCCAGCCAUCCACCACCACCUCCAAGGCACUGUCAUCAUCCUUGGUCACUCAUCCGGUGCGUGGGGUAUCUUCCAGUGCUGUAAGACCUAAUAUGAACCCCCGCGGGGACGCUGAUAUGUCCUACAGGGAUACAGUGGAUCCCUCGCCGGUUUUGAAAUCUGCUCCUCUUCUGACCCCAGGGGAACUUCUGAAUUCAUCGUCAUCAUCGCUAGCAUCAUCAACAUUGGCAGCAUUUCUUACAACAACCACAUACAGCACUUCUGUGUCACAGGAAAAUUACCCACUUUCCCUGGCAGCUGCCUCACUGACUACAGAGCUCCUCUCCCCGAUGGCUUUCCUUUCCUCCACACAGAAGGCUUCUCCAGUCACAGUCAGACAAGUUUCAGGUGCCAGUGUCGACUCACAGUACAGAAGCAAGGACUCUGAUAUCCUUCCAGUGGCAGCUCUCACCAAGGAACAACUACAACAAGCUCUUUUGUAUUUAUUAAAGAAUGACAGUAGUUUUAUCACCACUAUACACGAAGCGUACUUGAAGAGUUUGAGAGAACUGUCGGGCGGGAAAACUUAGCACCUUACUAUACGUCAGUUUUCGGAUUAUUGUGUUUAUUUGUGUGCUCCUACCAACAACUUAGGGAAGAGAUGGUGUUGCACGAAGUGUUGGCCUUGUCUUUUGUAAUGUUAAGAAUUAAAUCAUCUGACAUGUUCAAUGCAUGAUUUUGUCCAGCAUAAAGAAUAAAUAAAGUAAUGGGCAUCGAUGAUGUUAACAUACAUUUUCUAGUUUUGGGUUUUAUUUAAAAUGUAAACUUCCUUUGAUUUUAUUGUAUCUCUGUGACAAUCUUCCAACAGUAUUCUCCCCUUUAUUUUGGGGUCUGUCACGUGUAUCAGCUAGUGAUGCUGUAAUGACAUAGUUCUGUACAUGGCAUGUUCAUUGAGGGAAAUCAAUGCAUUUAUCAUAACACAAAGACAUCAACAGUAUAUGGUUAGGUUUGGUGAAUCAAUAACUGCCAUAGGAACUGCAUUAUGCAAAAAAGGGUUUAAUGCCAUAUGGGGCCAGAGUAGCUCCAGACCUGUCUGCAUGUCCAUGAAGUCUGGUAAGGAGCUACCCUGUCCACUAAUGAGACCAUGAAUUUGUGCGGACUUUAUUGUGGACAGCGUAAGACCUGGCCAGAAUGUGAGAUUGUGUAGGCUGGGCUGGAGCUAUACUCACAUCAUAUUGCAUUAGACCCAUUUUUUUCACAUUUCACUGGUCUAUAUACCAUGGAGUUUACUGACAGAAGAUGCAUAAAGAGUUAUGUGCCAUGAACAAUUGCAUCGACAUUGGAACAAUGUCGUUCAAAGUCAGUUUCCAAUCAUAUUUUUGCUAUUGUGUUUAAAUUAUUUGCUAUGAACACAAUGCUUAAUUUAUGUGCAAUUCUUCAUUCUGAUCUAUAUCAUAUUGUACACAGUUUGCAUGCCAUGUUUAUUCAUUUCCUUUGUCAAUAUCUUGCUGUAGAGUUUUCAAGCCAUUGGAUUAUGCAUAACAAAAUGUUUAUGCAUUUUAAUGCAUAGUUAUUAAAUACAGAUGCUACAAAAUGUAUUUUUAAAACAAUAAAUAACUUGGGUACCCAUGUUUUUUUUUUUAUGGUUAUAAAGUAUUUCUUGCAUAAUGCAAAACAAUAAGUAUGGCAAUGCAUGUAGAAAGGGCCGUCUAUUUCAUAUCAGUGAACACCAUGUUAAUCAGAGAACAGAUCAAAAUGAAUGCAAACAAUUAUGUUGCAACGUAGAGCUGUAACGAUUUGGUUCGAUGCAUCGAAAAACCUGUUCAACGCCGCCGAUUCUAUUUCGAUACCAAUACGGCCAAUAUCGAUUCGAUUCAAUGCAAUUCCGAUUGAUCUGUAUUUUAAAACCUUACUUUCCAAAUCCGUCGUCUAAACUGUCUUGUUAUUUGUAAUACGUCUUGUGAUUGGUCAGUAGCCAAUAUGGCAUCCAAUGAAUGAAUGAAUAACAUGCUGAGCAUUACAUCACCCAUAAAAUGGCUUCUUAAACCACGCUGAAAGACGCACCGUCAAAAUUAAAAUCAAAAGUUAUGGUAUGAGAACAUCUUGGGUUUCGCGAUGGUUGUGAUGCAAAGGCAACUUGCAAAACGUGUUUUGUUGACGUAAGUUGAAAUCAGUCAGUUUGUUUGUUUACUUAACUGUGCGCAUUCUGUUAAGAAGUCAACUGGAAGUUGUUUCAAUAUAUACUUACAUGUUUGUUUGUGUUGUGUUUUUCUGUUAAACACAUGUGAUACAUUGUGCAUUCUAUGUAAUUUAAGAAUAACUCAACAGGAAGUUUUGUUCAAUAAAUGUGUAACUUAUAAAACAAUGUUCCCUUUUUAAUUGUAUUUCAAAAAUGAAACACUUUAAAUGUACAACAUAAUAACUUAAUAAGUUAAUAACAAAUACCAAAAAUAUUAAUUCAUGCCCUAGACAAACCAAACAUGAAAUAAUUUGCAAAAUAAGCUGCAAAUAGUUUAAUUUGAAUAGAAUCGAAAAUAAUCAAAUCGGACCAUUUGGUAUCGAAAUCGAAUCGAAUGAUGAGUGAAUCGUUACAGCUCUAUUGCAACGCAGAGCAUUUGUUACCAGAUGUUUACACAGUAGGUAGAUAUGCCAAGUAAUUGUGCUUAUAAAUUAUAUAUACUGCUGUCGCAAGUGAUGUAGGUUUGCUUCAGUACUUUAUAGGAAUUGUUAAGAUUGUGAACGUGCAAUGGUCAGUCAGUUGGUCUUUCGUCAGGUCUGGUUGUCCGUAGACCUUUUGUUUGUAAGUAAUGUCUACUCUAGAGAACACUUUGACAUACAAAGAUCUUCUGUAGAUACAUGGACAUUGGCAUGAUGGUUACUGGGGAGAAAAGGAAGAGGUAAACAGGUCAAAGGGUAAUGUCAUAAGAUCUUGUCACAGUAAAUUUGUGUCUGCAAGAUUUCUUUAAAAUGCUUUGACCGGAUGAUACGAAAAUUGGUUACUUUUAAAAAGGGAAGAACCAGAUUCCAGGUCAAAUGUCAAGGUCAAUGGGUCUUGUAAAAUGCAAUUGGUGCCCCACAAUAUAUAAGGAAUUUAAAUGAUCAAAUAAAUUGGUGAGCUGGUUGGUCUUGAAGAAGGAUAACCCCUAAUGAGUUUGAAAUCAAGACAUCUAAGGUCAAGGUCACACGGACAACUGUGCUACAAGCUAGGGGGCAUACAUGUUUUGCAAAUAUCUCUGGUUAAAUUUUUGUACAGUUGAUGUAAUUUUAUGUGUCAAUGUCAUAGUUAUAUUGGUAAGAUUAACACUGGUAUUUGUCGUGGUUUUAGUUUUGUUGACCGUAAAUAUUGUGUCUUAUUAUGUCCAUGCCAUGAUAAUGAUGCAUUGGCUAUUGGGCAUAUAGUGUAAACACUGUUGCUGUGUAUGUGUUAGUAUUUUGUGUAGGACAUUUCGUGCCCUUCUCAUAACUUUGGCCAAAAUUAUGGGGUUUCAAAUUAAAUUGUCACAAAUAAUCAGCUUAUCAAGACAACAUGUUGUGUGCAAAACCAUGUUGCUUGUUAAUAGUUAAAAGAGGACUUGUUGUGUGCAGAAACCAUGGCGCUUGCUUGAAGGUCAAGGUCACUUUGGAUGCUUUAAGUUUCUUGAUUGUAAUUAUAUGGUCAUAGUGAUAGUAGAUACUCAUGUGACUGUCAUUUAUAUUUCUGUAUAGUGCAUUUGCAAAAAAAGUCAUCCUUUUAAGAAGACAUGUUCCUCAUUUGAACCUCAAGGUCACAAUUGUGAAAUAGGCUUUAGGUGCAGUAUCAGUUUAAAAGCACUGGUGCAUACAUGCUGGGUUCAAAGUAUACAUAUUUGUUACACGACACUUGUCACAGUUGCGUCCAGUAACAUAGAGCCGGGCCAUAUGUUUCUUCGGAAACAUUUCUACGAUGAAUAUUUGUGUUUGAGUUUAAUUAUAUUGAUGUUUUACUGUAAAAAGUCAUUGUUCUAUUCAUGAUUCCCUCAAAUGUUUUAGUAUUAUGCUUGUCUUAAUUAAAUAUGUUAAACUCGUGAAAGAUUUAUUGUUUUGAAAUAGACAGUGCUAUGUUUUUGCUAUGUUUAUAUUGUUUUUAUUAAACUCACAUAAUAAUUGUUAAAUGAACAGAAAUUACUGUUUGCAGAAAAGUCAAGGGAAGUGGCUUUCUCUUAAAUUAUUGAUUUACAUGCAUUUUAAAAGUUACUUCCCUUUUAUAUUUUAUUUAUGAAAUUUUGCAUAAUCUUGUAGCUGUGUUUUAUUAUUUAGUCUUGUAUUUUUUAUGUGAUCUCAUAUUCAUCAGUGUGAGAUUACAUUGGGAUCUUUCAUGGAAGGAUUUUAAAUUCUGUGAGUUUAGUGUGAGUAUUGCCAAUGUCUGAUCCUUAGUUUGUCUAGUGUUAUAAGGAUUAACUUUAUCAGAAUGCAUGGUUGGUCAGAAUUGUAAUUUUGUUGGUGCAUAAAUCAUAUGUGACAUAUCAUACAAAAUGCGCUUUAGAACCUUUUGCAUGUUUUUCAUUUCUUGUAUUAUUUAUAAUGCUGCUAGUAUAAUUGUUACAUAAAUGACAGUAAACUUUGAACUUCAUAUGUAAAAAGUUCAGAUCCAGCACCAUGGCCUUUAGUAAGAGCAAUUUAAUAAAGGCUUUUGUAAGAGGUAUACACAAAUACAUGUAUAACCGACCCUUCAAAUAAAGCCAUGGGGGUAUAUAAAGAGUAUGUUAAGUCUUCAGUUAGAGUACAAAUGCCUUCAGUGAAAGUCAAAACAUGGGACUUCUGUUUAAGUCAAUACAUGGGGCUUCGGUAAAAGUCAAAACAUGGGCAUUCAUUUUAAGUCAAUAAAUUGGC